AUGGCUUCUUCCCGACCUACUAGGAUCACCAUUGAUCCCACUCCAAUCAACCUUGUCGAUAUGAAUCGUACCGCAAACGAUGACGAUGCAGCUACUUUAUACGGUGUCCCACCUUCAGGAGUAUCAACAGCGAACAAUACACCAUGGACAGAAGAUAAAUCGUAUUAUUUCCCUUCCGGUCCUUCAACAGCUGUGAACACUCCUGCUGCAGGAGAAGAUAAACCUUUUAUGUUCCCUUCUUCAGCUCCGUUAUCAAGAAUGACAACCAGAGUCUCUGAGAAAUCAGAAAAAGAUAAAGAUGAAAAUGAAUUAGAAUCAGGACAACAAACUCCUGCUGAAAACUUCGUAGAACCAUUGGAAAGUUAUCCUAAACCCGAUAAAGUCGUUUUAACAAAAGCUAAAAUGAUAAUCCUUGGAGCAGCAAUGAUGAGUACCACUUUUGUCGCUUCAGCUACUGCUUCAAGUACAUUACUGGUUAUUCCUAGUAUCGCUAAAGAUUUGGGAGUUACUGAACUUCAAGCUCAAUGGAUCAGUUCAGCUUAUGCCCUUGCAAAUGGAUGUGGUUUGCUUUUGGCUGGUCGAGUGGCAGAUCUGUACGGAAAGAAAUGGCUUUUCCUCAUUGGAAUGGGCUUAUUUGUCAUUUUCAGUAUCAUCUCUGGUGUCAUAAGGGAUUAUAUCGCUAUUUGUGUUGUUCGAGCAUUUGCUGGAUUGUCGAUCUCGAUCUCGCUUCCGGCCGCCUUCGGUAUCAUCGGUGUGACUUUCACUGAAGAGCCAGCACGAACUAUGGCUUUCUCAGCUAUGGCUCUUGGAUAUCCAGUCGGUGGUGGUCCCGGUAUGAUCUUUGCGGGUGUGGUCGCUGGAAUAAAUCACCGAUCAUGGCAAUAUGUCUUCUUCAUCCUCGCUGGCUUAGCUAUCAUACCCAUGGUGGCGGGUGCCCUGGUCAUUCCUCGUGACCCCCCCAUGAGCGCCACAUCCAUCAAGAACAGAAAAGUCGAUUGGCUAGGAGCUUUCUUGAUCACCGCCGGAUUGAGUUUAUUUAGUUUCGCUAUCACUCAGAGUGGUUUAGUGGAAAACGGUUUCGGUCAACCAUAUAUCGGUGUCUGUCUUGGUAUAUCCGUUGUCCUUUUCGUGGCAUGGGGAUUUUGGGAAAGAUACGUUCUCAAGAAUACAUCUAUCCCUCCGUUGGUCAAUAUGAGUAUCUUUUCUAGACAAGAAUGGAAAGUCACCUCAAUCUUGGUGGUUUCUUUCUGUGGAUAUCUCGCCAUUUCUGGCUGGUUAUACCUCACUACCAUUUGGUACCAAAACCUCAAGGGCGAUUCACCAAUUAUGAAUGCAGUUCAUGUCAUUCCAGCUCCAUUGGUUGGGAUGUUAGCUUGUAUAGUAGUACCCUUACUUGCACCAAGGAUGAAAGCCCCUUAUCUCCUUAUAAUCGGUGGAUUAUCGACAGCUACAGCUCAAUUGCUGUUUGCUGUGGCACCUGUCGACAUGACUUAUUGGGCCUGCGAAUUCCUGUCGAACGUAUUCACUCCCUUUGGUGCAGACUUCACUGUAGGUGUCGGGAGUGUUUUGAUGUCUAACUUGGUCAACGAGGAUGAACAAGCGUUGGCCGGAGCAUUAUUCCAAACCGCUUUACAAAUCGCCUCGACCGUCGGAGUGUGUGUCGCGUCUCUGGUACAAACCGCAGUAACAGCUCAAACGGGUUCUUUGCAUACUGGAUUAAGAGACUCUUUCUGGUUGAUGGCUGGAUUUUCUUGGUUAUCGGCCAUUAUCGCUGCUAUCACUUUGAGAAAAGUUGGUUUGGCCAAAGAUGUAGGAAAAAUGGCUCACUAA